AUGAAUUUUGCUUCGUCUCCAGUUUCACAGUGUGACAUACUUCAACCAGGUGUUGUAGAUACAAAGCUCACAACGCACAAGAAAAAUAAAACAUAUUCAAAAGCAUUCAAAGAAUGUUCUAUUAAACAUGAUUCGAUUGAAGCCUUUUUACGUGAUGGCAAACAAGCGAUUACGAUAUGUUUUCCUCCCGAUGUACUUUCACGCACCAAAAUAGCUUUUAUUCCAAUCAAAUUUAAGAAAGGAAAAACGUCAGAAGAAUUGUUCAUGCUUAGACAAAGGGAUCUGAAAGACUCUGACAAGCGACCUUUUGUUGAAUUCGCUGAGAAUCUUCGUCUUAAUCACAAAAUGGAUCAUCCCGACUACAAAUAUCAACCGAGACGAAAAAAGAUGAAAAACAUUGGAGUUGAAGCGGGUUCGGGCCCAGAGGUGGAAAAGGCAAUUCCAACUCGAAAGCCAGGGCGACGGUCGAAAAAGCAAGUGGAGAAUGAAGAAAUUGACGAUAAUGACUCAGAUAAGGGCUUCGCAAGUUGUAUGAAUUAUUCCAAUUACGAGUCUCGAAAUAAAACUGACUACUCCAUGGCCAAUUAUAAUGGAAUCUCUGCAUUUUCAUCCUAUAUGCCACCCGUCACUCAAGACAACCACCAUUUACAAACCACAUCCUUUCAAACGAUAAGCCAGCAUAAAAACCCUUACAACUACGAAAGCGAUUACUUUACUCGCAAAUACGAUACAAUAACUCACAAUAAAGUUGCUGAUUCACCACACUCUUCAACUGAAGAGCACUCAAUGACGCCACCAGAAACUUCGAUUUCCUCUACGCUUUCUUCGGCUUCAGCUGCUCUCGCACGCUCAACAACACCAAAUGGUACUUACCGAGAAUUCUCGCCAUCACUGAUUACAUCUCAUUCGAUAAUGAAAGAGGAUUACGUCGUUGGUGGUGCACAAAGUGAAUGUGCUUAUCGAACGAAUCUUGAUUCGACGGGAACGUCAGCGGCAACAAAAAUUAAUCAAGAUUCAUUGCGUAUAUAUUCACAUCAGCUACACCAUCAUCAUCAUUAUCAUUACGCUCUUCAGUCGCCAACUCAAUCUCCACCACCAUCGUCUACCUAUCCAUAUUCACAAUAUUCUACACCGAUUGAUACAGACGAAGUUGAACCUCAUGAGAUGGAGCAAUAUUUAGACAGUGGAAAGUGUCGAAAAGUUUGUUAUUUUAAGCCCGAAACUUCACUCACAGAACUGACACCGAUGAACGCUACAAUGAACACCGAGAGCCAAUUAAUGGCAAUGCCAAUUAAACCAGAUAACAUAGCGCCAGUGAAUGACGCAAUCAUUUCACCUAAUCAACCAGUAAAUUCGACGUAUGCUAACAAUUAUCAAGAGACGAUGCCUUACCAGUACAUGAGUAAUUGGGUUAAUUAUAGUAUUUAA